AUGAGUAACGAAGAUUAUGGCUAUGACUACGACUAUUUGUUCAAAAUUGUUUUGAUUGGGGAUUCGGGUGUAGGAAAAUCCAAUUUACUAUCGCGUUUCACAACUAAUGAAUUCAAUAUCGAAUCAAAGUCGACCAUUGGUGUCGAAUUCGCCACUAGGACAAUUGAAAUGGAAGGCAAGAAGAUUAAAGCACAGAUUUGGGAUACUGCUGGUCAAGAACGUUAUCGUGCAAUCACAUCUGCAUACUACCGUGGUGCAGUAGGUGCAUUAAUCGUUUACGAUAUAAGUAAGUCUUCUACGUAUGAAAAUUGUAAUCAUUGGCUUAGCGAAUUGAGGGAAAAUGCUGACGAUAACGUUGCAGUGGGGUUAAUUGGUAACAAGUCCGAUUUAGCACAUUUAAGAGCUGUACCUACUGAUGAGGCUAAAAACUUUGCAUUAGAAAAUCAACUCUUAUUCACAGAAACAAGUGCUUUGAACAGUGAGAAUGUGGAUCAAGCAUUUAGAGAGUUAAUUACUGCCAUCUACCAAAUGGUUAGCAAACACCAAGUCGAUUUAGGUGAUUCAGGUAACAACGAUAUAAAUAACGGCACUCCAAAGGGUCCAACUAUCAGUCUAACCCCAGCUCCUAACGAAAAGAAAAAAGCAGCUCAAACAAUUGUUGUUAAAUCAGUUUGCAGAGACUCAUUUAUUGUUUUUCCCACACUAACACUCUGUUUUCUUAUAUCAUAUUAUAUAUGA